AAAGUCAGCACAAGUGAGGUAUACAGUGCCGCAGUUAUCUACACUGGAGUCUAGUGCUCAAUAGAGAUCUUACCGCAUACAUGGAGAGGCUGACGCACAGCACAGAGAAGUUGCGGAAAAGGCACUGGAACACUUAUUCUAAUAAGAUUUAUAUAAUUUUUUUAACUUAGCCUAAACUACUUUCUUUGCACGUAUAUGUCUAGCUAAAUUAGAAAAAGCAACUACAAAAAGAAUGCUGCAAGUGAAGUUAUUGAUCAAGGAGGAACGCAUAAUUUUAGGCGAAGAUUAUAUAUGGACGUGAAUGUGUGGAUCUUUCAGUGCCGCGCGUAAACAGACUCGCGUGAAACUUGGAGACUCGUUUAUCUACCGAUUGUCAUGUCUGCUAUCCGAAGGAAAUUCGGUGAAGACUAUCAAGUGGUGAACACCAACCGGGGCAUGUCCUUUUCUGCCCCGGCCAAAAGAAAGCGCCAGCGGUUCGUGGAGAAAAACGGCCGCUGCAACGUCCAGCACGGUAACCUUGGCGGGGAGACCAGCAGGUACAUCUCCGACCUCUUCACCACGCUCGUGGACCUGAAGUGGCGCUGGAACCUGCUCAUUUUUCUCUUGACGUACACCGUCGCGUGGCUCAUUAUGGCAUCUAUGUGGUGGAUCAUCGCGUAUAUACGCGGAGACCUCGGCCAGGGCCACGACGAGUCGUACACCCCGUGCGUCGCAAACGUUUACAACUUUCCCUCCGCUUUCCUGUUCUUCAUUGAGACCGAGGCGACUAUAGGUUACGGGUUCCGAUACAUCACGGAGAAGUGCCCAGAGGGCAUCAUACUUUUCCUAUUCCAGUCCCUCUUAGGCUCGAUUGUGGACGCGUUUCUCAUCGGCUGUAUGUUCAUUAAGAUGUCCCAGCCCAAGAAACGCGCAGAGACGCUCAUGUUCAGCCAGGACGCAGUCAUCUCUCAACGGGACGGGAAGCUGUGCCUCAUGUUUAGGGUCGGGAAUCUCAGGAAUAGCCACAUGGUUUCUGCACAAAUCAGGUGCAAGCUUAUCAAGUCCCGUCAAACCCCUGAGGGUGAGUUUCUCCCACUGGAUCAGCGGGAAUUGGAUGUUGGAUUUGGAACAGGCGCUGACCAGCUCUUCCUUGUCUCACCACUCACAAUAUGCCAUGAGAUCAAUUCCAAGAGUCCAUUUUUCGACCUGUCCCAGCGCUCCCUCAUGAAUGAGCAGUUUGAGAUUGUUGUCAUCCUGGAAGGCAUAGUGGAAACCACAGGCAUGACGUGUCAGGCACGAACAUCUUACACAGAGGACGAGGUGCUGUGGGGUCACCGUUUCCUACCCGUCAUGUCGCUUGAGGAGGGAUUCUUUAGGGUCGAUUACUCACAGUUCCACAAUACGUUUGAGGUCCCCACUCCUCCAUACAGUGUGAAGGAACAGGAUGAGAAGUCCUCCUUACCCUCCCCUGGUCCUCUUCUCUCCCCAACAAUGCUUGAUAUACGUAGUCGCAGAGGACGGAUCUUCUCCUUAGAUGGGGUUCCCCAGGCAGAAGAACUCAUGUCCAAAUUACCCAGCAAGCUCCAGCGUAUGAGCUCCAAGAAUGGAAAAGAUGUCCUCAAAACUGGAAGUUCUCAGCCAACAGAAAAGUCCUUCAGCACGGGUGACUUGCCCCUCAGAGUGCAAAGGUUAGGAUCGCUGGUUGGUCAGGGGGAGGCUGAAAACCAGCUCCUUCUCAAAGCGCUAAAGAUGGGUCCAGAAGCCCACGCACAGUCGACCGGGGAACUGGAGUAUCACAGACUGCUUCCAGUACCCGCUCCAGUUCCCGGGCCCAACCUGAACCCAUUACCUGUGACCAGUGGACGGCCAGAGGACAACCUCCCCCCUAAAUUACGCAGAAUGAAUGCCGACCACUGAAUGACUGUCCCAUUGUAAACUCUUUGUCACACAGAGAUCAACACUGAGGUAUAGGAGGUUCUAGAUAAGGCUCUCAAAAUCAUUUAAUAAUUUAAAUCAUGUUUAUUUAAAAGGCACUAUACUGCGAUUAUUUUUCUCUCAAAGCCUAUGAAAGAGCUAGCCUUUGCAGAUUUUGCCCUCAACCACACUACCAGUCAAGUUUGGACACACUUCACAUAAUUUAAGUUUGUCAUGGUCUUAAAAACUUUUAAUUUAAAGCUUAAUGCUGAAAUUCUUAAAAUUUGUUUUGUAGACAAACCUACAUUGUGCAUAUGUACAAAUUUCUUUAAAUUUUCUUAACAACUUAAUUUUGAUUUAUUUAUUUAUUGGUCAUUUAUAUUUAGAAUUGAAUUGAAUUAGUUUUAUGGAUAUGUUGUAGUGCCCUGCAUACAUGGGAACUUCAACUUCUACUGUUUAAUAAGCAUCCUAGGUAGAUACCUCAUGAAGUUAGUUAAGAAAAUGCCAUAAUCUAGUGUGCAGAUCAGAAAUCUUGACAAAAAGACCACAAAAAGCCAAAAUAUUUUGUUUAACAUUUCUAGGUCACUACAUAAUUCCCAUACUUUAUUCUGUGUUAUUCAAUAGUUUUAAUGACUAAACUACUAUUCUAAAAAAAGCUGUAAUAGUGGCUAAUAUUAAUAGUUGAGACUGUCUCCAAAAUUUGACUGGUAGUGUACAUGAGCAUUAGCAGAUAUUCUGAAUUCAAUUUGAAUUCCAAUAAAUAUACUGUAUAAUCUAUAUAUUUAAAUAAUUUAUAUAAAUUAAGCACCUUUAUGGCAUUAUGAACACACAUUAUUCACAUAUAUUUCUUUGCUUAUUUAUACAAGAUAUUUAUCAAGUAUUUAUUUAGAGGAAUGUUUACUGAUAUACAGUAUACAGGCGUUACAUUUUAAGGCUUUUUUGUCACAUGUUUCACAGAUUAUUUUUGUUUUCAAAUGUCUCUGGGAUUGUUACAGUGGCCAACAAUGUGGGCACAAGAUUACAACUACUGUGCAGUUCAUCAACAUGGGACAAUUUUUAAAAAGUCUUAAUAAUUUCAUUAUUUAUUUCUAAACUACAAUACAAUAA